CGUCAAGGCAAGGGAAAGACCUCGUCCCCAGACUUGCAGGGAGAUCAGGGUGCAGCCCCAGCCGAAGUCACUGUGGUUCCCGAGACUUUCAGAACCCUGUGAUCAGCAAGAACUAUGAGCCAGAGGCAGGUCUUACAAGUAUUUGAACAGUAUCAAAGAGCCCGAACACAGUUCGUCCAGACUGUGGCAGAACUUGCUACUAGGCCACAAAAUAUUGAGACCCUCCAGAAUGCAGGUGUAAUGGCUUUGCUGAGGCCUCUCCUAUUGGAUGUAGUUCCAAAUAUUCAACAGACAGCUGCCUUGGCCCUUGGGAGACUUGCCAAUUACAAUGAUGACCUGGCAGAAGCGGUAGUUAAGGGAGAUAUUCUUCCACAGCUUGUGUAUUCAUUGGCUGAACAAAAUCGUUUCUACAAGAAGGCAGCUGCAUUUGUACUACGAGCAGUUGGGAAGCAUUCUCCUCAGCUAGCCCAGGCAAUAGUUGACUGUGGAGCGCUAGAUACACUGGUGAUCUGCUUAGAAGAUUUUGACCCUGGAGUAAAGGAGGCUGCCUCUUGGGCCCUUGGCUAUAUAGCCAGACACAAUGCAGAACUGUCACAGGCUGUGGUGGAUGCCGGAGCCAUUCCUCUUUUAGUACUCUGUAUCCAGGAGCCAGAGAUUGCUUUGAGAAGGAUUGCUGCUUCGGCACUCAGUGAUGUUUCAAAGCAUUCUCCAGAGUUAGCACAGACGGUCGUGGAUGCGGGGGCAAUUGCUCACUUGGCUCAGAUGAUCCUCAACCCUGAUGCCAAACUAAAGCGUCAGGUGCUAUCAGCUCUCAGCCAGAUAGCAAAGCAUUCUGUGGAUCUGGCAGAAAUGGUGGUUGAAGCAGAAAUUUUCCCAGUUGUACUCACAUGCCUGAAGGACUCCGAUGAAUAUGUCAAGAAAAAUGCUGCAACUCUAAUUAGAGAGAUAGCAAGGCAUACGCCUGAGCUUUCACAGCUUAUAGUGAAUGCAGGGGGAAUUGCUGCUGUCAUUGACUGUGUUGGCGGCUGCAAAGGAAAUGUUAGACUCCCUGGUAUCAUGAUGCUUGGCUAUGUGGCAGCUCAUUCAGAGAAUCUGGCCAUGGCAGUGAUAAUCUCCAAGGGGGUUCCACAGCUGGCAGUGUGCUUGUCAGAAGAGCCAGAAGAUCAUAUUAAGGCAGCAGCUGCUUGGUCUUUGGGGCAGAUUGGAAGACACACUCCAGAACAUGCCCGUGCAGUUGCAGUAGCAAAUGUGUUACCUGUGUUGCUCUCUCUCUAUAUGGCAACUGAAAGUUCAGAAGAUCUUCAAGUCAAAACAAAAAAAGCUUUAAAGAACAUCUUACAAAAGUGCACUUAUCUGCCAGCACUUGAACCCUUGCUGCAUGAUGCUCCUCCCAACAUCCUGAAGCAUGUAGUUGGCCAGUUCAGUAAGGUUCUGCCCCAUGACUCCAAGGCACGCCGCCUUUUUGUAACAAGUGGUGGCCUUAAAAAGGUUCAGGAGAUAAAAGCAGAGGCUGGAUCUCUUCUUCAGGAGUACAUCAACACAAUUAACAAUUGUUAUCCAGAAGAAAUAGUCAGAUAUUAUUCCCCUGGAUAUUCUGAAGCACUUCUGGAAAGGGUAGAAAAUUAUCAGCCUGUUCUAUAAAUUUUUCAGCCUUUGUGACAGAAAAAUCACUCUCUUUCCUAUCUGUGUUUUUGAGUGGCAAGCAAAUAUAUUUUGAGAAACUCGAGUCCAGGAUAUAUUUAACCUUCUGUUCUGUUACCAAUCAAUUAUGACAACAAAAAGAAAUGUCUUGUCCACCAUUGAUCCACAGCUGGUUUUUUGGAAACUCAUGCCAAAAGCAAAGACUGUCACGUGCGUAUGUUAAGAGAGCUGCAAUCUCAGGUGUUCUUGACAGCCUGAGCAAAGGAGGCAGUACUCUUUCUGGAUCAGCCUGUGGUCUUUGGAGCAUUUUGUCUGAUCAGGUCUGUAGGAUAAAGGAGUUGUUCCAGCAGAUAUGUUAUUAUGUGAGAGGCAGCCAACAGCACCAUCCAAUAAGCACUGCAGCUAUACAACCCCAGUUGGUUUCACUAGGGCUUCAGAGAGGUGUCACCUGCACCUGGCCCAGUUCAAGAAUUAACUGCCUCCAUAGAAGCAAAUAAGUGGCAAAACAUUCGCCCUUCUUGAUUAAGCCCUGCUACUGCCUCUACCUCAGCACUCAUUCUCUGGCAUGUUGAAGAGCAAACGUGUGACCAGUGCUUGCUUGACCUUUUAACAUCUGGGCUUUUGAUGAUACCGUGUCAUGCACUGGGAACUUUUAGGAGUAGAUUUGAAGAGAUCUGAUAUUUAGGUAACAAAUUGUUUGUCCAGAUUGAUAAGUACUUAAAGGAAGACCAGUGGCUAUAAGCAUGACAUUGAACCUUGCUUGAAAAUUUAGUAACUUUUCUGUUACCACAACUCCUAAAUGAGAGUGAGUACUUAAAUGAAAUUACAGUAAAUUUGCAGUCUGACAGCUCCCAAUUACCUAACAUUGGUUACUACAAAAUAAAAUUCUGCAUCCAUUGUUAAACAAAAAU